GCCAAGUGUAUCUGCCACUGAUCCGACCACUAUGAGCGACUUAGGAGCCCGGCAAUGAUGAUAGCAUGACGCGUGACGGCGAAAUUCCAGCCAUUUUCAAUCCGAAACGGGUGCGCACUCCUUCCGUGGUGGUCACCGGCGACUCGUCGACGAAUGGCCCGUACAACAAUAACAACACCGGCGGAGGCGGCGGAGCGGGAGCCAGCAGCAGCUCAGCAGUGGCUCCCGGAUCGUCCGCUCCAAAUGGCAGUGGCACCGGGGCAACGGGCAGCUGCGGCUUCAGCAACGUGCUCACCUCGACCAACCCGCAAAUAACCCACCAAGACUCGAUCUCUUCGAGCCAACAGGACCCCAAUGAGGUGAUCAUCAUACCGGCGGACACGCCCACGAGCGCACCGGGUAGCCACAACACUGGGCACCACUUCGGCGGCGGCGACUCCAGCGACACGCAGACAGAUCAGCAGCAGGCUAAUGGCCACGGGGAGGAGCCGGAGCUGCGAUUCCGGAAGCUGCAGGCCUGCAAGGAGUCUUGCUGCUCCGAACUGGCCCGCAAGAUGUACUUUGGCGUGUGCGUGACCAUCCUGAUGACCGCCUCGUGGGUGGGGGCCACCCAUUGCAUUAAGUACAUGUAUAAGUACCGUGCUCCGUACGACGACUUGCUGAACGACGACCAGGACACGUCCUCGAGCCGUGCCGAUCUGAGCACGGAACUGGAGGACAUACUGGCCAUCAGCGACUCGUCGCUGCACCACGUCGAGGACGCCACCGAGAUGUUCAACAUACCACCGCGCCAGCCGGUCUACUUCAGCGCCCCGUUCUUCGCCGCCUGGUUCUUCACCAACUUCUCGCUGCUCUUCUUCCCCAUCUACAUCCUGGGACUGGUCUCCACGCGCAAGUGCGAAAAGCUGAGCGACAUUCUUGGCGAUGUGCUGCGAGGAUUCCGGGAGCGCGGUUUCACAGUGGGUCGCUUCCUCAAUCGCUGCCUCUGUUUCUGCAUUUUGUGGCUGGUCACCACCUACCUGUACACACUCUCCCUGCACGUCCUCUAUGCCACGGAUGCCCUGGCCCUGUUCGCCACCAAUGUGGCCUGCGUGUACCUACUAUCCUGGGUGAUCCUCCACGAGCAGUUCGUGGGUGUGAGAAUCGUGGCCAUCAUCCUCUGCGACACGGGAAUAGCGUUACUGGCCUACAUGGAUGGAAUCACGGAAAGCCGAACCCUGAGCGGCGUGGUUCUGGCCACUUUAGCCGGAGCCGGCUAUGCCGUGUUUCGGGUUAUGUUCCGCAAGGUGAUGGGCGAUCCGCCGGUGAGCCAAAUCGCCUUCAUAUUCACCGCCCUCGGCUUCCUCAACGCCCUGCUGCUGUGGCCCGUGGUGCUGGGACUCUACCUGACUGGCACGGAAAGCCUCACAUCGGAGAGCAUACCCUGGAACCUGCUGUUCGCGGCGAGCCUCCUGCUCCUCGUUUUCCACGUUCUGAUGCAGUUCAGUGCCGCCGUUACGUACAACAUGUUUGUGACAUUGGGUCUGAUUACCGCUGUGCCCGUUUCUGGUGCACUCGAUGUCAUACUCUACAGUGCGAACUUUGCGGGCAUGAAGCUGGCCGGAGUCAUUCUGAUUGGCAUCGGAUUUUUCCUCGUUAUGUUCCCCGCCAACUGGCCAGACUAUAUAACGCGAUUGUUGCGAAAGAGCGUUCGUGCCAUACUCCGCUACCAAUGUUGUUGUGAAUUAGCUGAAAUUCGCUAUGCUCAUUCGAUGGGGUCGCGGGCCCUCGGAGCGGUACUUAACAGGUCAGCAUCCCACCAUUAUCGACUAUCGGACGGGAUACAUAAGGUCCCAUCUUCGUUCACCCUCUGGCCGUGUGAGAUGACUGAUCUGUCGCCGACCACCACUGGGUUUCUACAUGGCCACGGCGGCGCCAACGCACAGCAUCACCAGCAACUUUUGCACCACCAACAGCAGCAUCCGCAGACCCACCAGCAGCACCUCCAGCAGCAAUACCACCACCGGCAGCACUCGCUCCACCAGCAGCACCUGCAGCGCCAGCACUCGCACACCUCGCUGACCAAGAUCCACCGCCAGAGCAGCAGCCACAGUGUCCACGGUGGUGCAGCCGGGCGACCGGAGCACCAUCGGUCCCACACCGGAGACGGGCGUCUCUUCUCCUACUUCGGCAACGAGCAGGAGCACGAGCGCAAGAAGUCGGAGACGUCCUUCUUCAAUCUCGGCUUCCGGAGGAAGUCCACCGUGGUAUAUUACGCUCCGUCGGAUUAAGGGACUUCUCGCUCCUGGCAUAUCAAAGCAUACAAUCAGAUUAAUUAGAUCGGUUAUAGUUUAUGUGUCAUUAUGUCAUAAUUAUUGUCGUUGUUGUUGAUGUAAAAGUUCAAUCGGAUCGCAUGCAGUUACAAUUUUGCUCAAAUAUAACACAUUUAAAAGCUACAGUUACAGAUACAGCACGGAGAUUAGAAUCUCCUUCAGUCAACGGAAUCCAUGACCAUGAUAACCCUGCCUCGCCUUGAAUCUCAGUCUCAAGAUACAGAUACAGAAACAGAAACCCAGAAGGAGCCCGCGAAUCGAGCUCAAAAGUGCCCCGAAAGUUAACUAUAUACGGUUAUAAUUUAAUACUCAUAAUUAUUACGAAAUUGUGUAAGGAAUCGAAGCCAAUUGUUUUAGCAAUUAUAUACAUUAACUAUAAAGGCAAUGAAUAGUCAAAUAUUUUAAAGUGGAUUCACUCAAAGGCACACCUUAAGAAGGAAACGAUAACGAAAAAACGAACAAGAAAAUCCAAGUUAUUUAAGGAAAAUAGUUGAUAGACGUCACCGAGAAAAAUUCAAAGUUCACCCGGCUAAGAAACCCAUUAAACUAUAAGCUCAUCUAGCGACUA